AUGGAAGCACUUGUCAAUCCUCAGAAGCAGACGCCAGAAUCGCUGGAUCACCUGCAAACACUUGACGAUGUCUGUGGAAUGCCAUCUCCUGGUCAAGCCCAUAUUGGAUGCAUUUUGACCUCGGAUCAGAAAGGAAGUUUAAGCCAACUGAAGAAAUUAUGUCUGGACCAUAAUUAUGACCUUUCUAACCCUGACCAUUACACGGACGAUGCUGCAUUACUGCGAUAUCUGAGAGCGAGGGGCUUUGAUGUUGCGGCUGCAUUUGAGCAGUUUGAUUUCGGCAUGGAAUGGCGCAAGGAAAAUGGAAUUGAAGAGUUUUAUAAUAACUUGGAAGUCCAAAGCUACGAAGAAUCACGAAAGAUGUACCCGCAAUGGAUUGGUAGACGAGAUCAUGAUGGUCGCCCGGUCUAUGUAUUUGCUGUCAAGAACUUCACCAAGAAAAAUCUGGAUGAGUAUCUUGGAAAGAUUUCCUCUUGCGAAUCAACAAAGGAAUACUGCAAGCCGAGUGCCCCCGGCUAUGUUCUCCAUUUCCACGCCCUAUUCGAUAAUCUGAUAAGAUUUGUAACCCCUUUGGUCUCGGAACUCACAAGGCCAAACGAAAACAUACCUGUGUCUGCGUCAACACAUAUCAUCGAUAUUUCAGGAGUCAGCUUGAAACAGUUCUUCGCAAUCAGAAAAUACCUGCAAGAAUCAAGUGAAAUGGCUACCAAGCACUAUCCUGAAACCCUCGGUCGAGUUUUUGUGGUUGGAGCUCCGUAUUUCUUCCGAUCUAUUUGGGAUGUCAUGAGCCAUUGGUUCGACCCGGCCACUAGGUCAAAACUCUUCUUGUUGAGUUCAUCUGAAGCCAAGUCUACCUUGCUGUCUUACAUAGAUGCAUCAAAUCUCCCUGUGGAGUAUGGGGGUACACUCGAGUGGAAGUGGCAGGACAUGCCCAAUCUGGACAAGCCAAUGCGAGAGUUAGUCCAUGAACUGUAUGAGGCAAGUGGCCAGAAAGAUGAAAUUGUCACGGGGCCAGUCAGUUUUCAAGGCCGUUGCAUCCAACUUCUAGGUACGGAGAAUGGACAGCCGAGACGGAAUCAAUUUUGUCGCGCUUAUAAGCAUUUUUAG